CUACAAGGGUCCAGUUCAGUUUUAAUUCUGUCUCUAAUCUCUGCAACAGCGGCGCUUCCUGGGUCCCGUGGCUCCCCUGCCCACUCAGCUGCGCCUGGCUUUCUGAGCUCAAAUCAGAGCCUGCCCUGCCCCAACACCCACCAUGGAAACCCUCCAAGAAAAAGUGACCCCGGACGCAAGUGCCUGAGAAUCCCGCACAAAAGAGGUGCCCAAAAUGAAGACUCUGAUGCGCCAUGGUCUGGCAGUGUGUUUAGCGCUCACCACCAUGUGCACCAGCUUGUUGCUCGUGUACAGCAGUCUUGGCGGCCAGAAGGAGCGGCCCCCGCAGCAACAGCAGCAGCAGCCGGCAGCGGCGACUGGCAGCGCGCAGCCCUCGGCGGAGAGCAGCCCCGCGCCGCGCCCUGGGCCCCCAGCUGGACUCCGGCCGCUGGAUGGAUACCUUGGCGUGGCGGACCACAAGCCCCUGAAAAUGCACUGCACGGCCUGUGCUCUGGUGACAAGUUCAGGGCACCUCCUGCGCAGCCGGCAAGGCCCCCACAUUGACCAGACCGAGUGUGUCAUCCGCAUGAAUGAUGCCCCCACGCGGGGCUAUGGGCGCGACGUGGGCAAUCGCACCAGCCUGAGGGUGAUCGCCCAUUCCAGCAUCCAGAGGAUCCUGCGCAACCGCCAUGACCUGCUCAACGUGAGCCAGGGCACUGUGUUCAUCUUCUGGGGCCCCAGCAGCUACAUGCGGCGUGACGGCAAGGGCCAGGUCUACAACAACCUGCAGCUCCUGAGCCAAGUGCUGCCUCAGCUAAAAGCCUUCAUGAUCACGCGCCAUAAGAUGUUCCAGUUCGAUGAGCUCUUCAAGCAGGAGACAGGAAAAGACAGGAAGAUCUCCAACACUUGGCUCAGCACAGGCUGGUUCACAAUGACAAUCGCACUGGAGCUCUGUGACAGGAUCAAUGUUUAUGGCAUGGUGCCCCCCGACUUCUGCAGGGAUCCAAACCACCCUUCAGUACCUUAUCACUAUUAUGAACCAUAUGGGCCUGAUGAAUGUACAAUGUACCUCUCCCAUGAGCGUGGACGAAAGGGAAGUCACCACCGCUUCAUCACAGAGAAACGAGUCUUUAAGAACUGGGCACGGACAUUCAAUAUUCACUUUUUUCAACCAGACUGGAAGCCAGAAUCACUUUCUGUGAAUCAUCCUGAGACUAAGCCUGUGUUCUGAGGAUUAAGUAUGACAGACGAAAAUCCCAAGUGCUCACUGUAUCAGGCACUGUGGCACUGAACUUCCUAACCCACCAGACACAAGAUGAACUGGUAGGAAAGAUUAUGUUCAACAAGUACCAUGUACCAUGUACAGAUGCCGAUGAAGCAUGACUACAAAGCAGUGUAGUUGGUUUGUAAGGGAAAAUUCCAGAAUUAAUAAAUUACCAUGAGUGUUGUCCCUUUCAAAAGGGAUUAUUUUAGGAGCUGAACAUCCAUUUCAAUGAUGCUGCCAUGGCUAAAGACAUUUUGGACCUCUUUAAAUAUUUCCUUUAAGACUGAUAUAUGAACAAUUCAACAAUAUUCGUUUAUAGAAAUGCCAAGUCAGAAACCAUUUUUCUAUCAACUUGUAUCCUAACUUGAUCUAUAACCUUGGUCAUCUGUUGGAUUCUGUAUGUGUGAUUUGUAAAAAGCUGCCUGAAAGUAUGAACAUGAAUUCUGAAGAGCACAUCACCACUGACUUUCAUAAAGUAAUUACCCAA